GCUUCCCGUACGGCGGCGGCAUGAGUGACUGGCUGGCAGGCGGGCGCGCGUGUACGCCCAGAACGUAGCUCCACUCCACUCCUAGCCAGAGGGCCGCGGCGACGCUUUGGACGGGGUGGGGUGUGCGGCUGCGCGGGGCAACCCAAGAAGGGAGCUCAGCCUUACGCCGCGAGCGUAGCGCCGAGCCGGACGCGAGGGCUUCCGCGACGCGAUUGGCGCAGCGGGCUUUGGAGAAUCGCCGCUUGGGCUGCCGCAGCCGGGCUUUGGUACCGAGCGGAGAGGAGAUGCACACGGCACUCGAGUGUGAGGAAAAGUAGAAAUGAAGGUACAUAUGCACACAAAAUUUUGCCUCAUCUGUUUGCUGACUUUUAUUUUCCACCAUUGCAACCAUUGCCAUGAAGGACAUGACCAUGGCUCCGAGGACCAUCACCGGCACCAUUACGGAGUAACAGAAUCAGAAUCCAGCAAACUUCCAGUGCCGGAUCCUGAAAAUGAAAAAAAAUACUAUAUCGAAAAACUUUUUGACCGUUACGGUGAAAAUGGAAGGUUGUCCUUUUUUGGUCUGGAGAAACUUUUAACAAACUUGGGCCUUGGCGAGCUCAAAGUAGUUGAGAUUAAUCAUGAAGAUCUUGGCCACGAUCAUGUGUCUCACUUAGAUAUUUUGGCAGUUCAAGAGGGGAAGCAUUUUCACUCACACACCCACCAGCAUUCCCAUCAUCACUUAAAUUCAGAAAAUCAAACUGUGACCAGCGUAUCAACGAAAAGGAACCAUAAGUGUGAUUUAGAGAAAGAGACAGUAGACGUGUCUGUCAAAUCUGAGGACAAACACCUGCAUGACCGCAGUCACCGGCCAUGCCGUCACCACUGUAAUCAUCACCACCUUGACCAUAACACUACUCGUCACCUGCCCAAUGAUUCCAGUGCCCAGAGUGAACGCGGAGAGCCGAGCCAUGGACCUUCCACAGAGACCAAUAAAACACAGGAGCAGUUGGACAGUAAAGUACCCAAGGAAAAGAAGAGGGAGAGGAAGAGGAAGAAAAUUCACGAAAAUUCUGAGGUCAUCACACCAGGUUUCCCUACUAACAGCGGUCAGGGUGCCCGGUCUGAACAUAACCGGGUCCACAAGCCCGAUCGGGUCCAUAGCACAGGCCAUUCUCAUGGACACCUGCCAGAACACAGUGGCCAUGAUCCUGGCCAUGAGCACCAGGCUUUUGAUCCUGCUCAUGAAGGUGAACAACGACACACUAGGAAGCGGGAAGCGCCACAUAACAAAAAAAGUGCAAUUUAUUCAGCUGCUAGUCACAAAGAUCAUAAUGAAGAUGACCGUCAGCAUGAGUGUUUGAACGUCACCCAGUUGCUAAAAUACUAUGGACACGGUGCCAAUGCACCAAUCUCCCCUGAUUUGUUCACAUGCCUUUGCCCUGCUUUAUUAUAUCAGAUUGACAGCAGACUUUGUAUUGAGCAUUUUGAUAAGCUCUUAGUUGAAGACAUUAAUAAAGAUAAAAGCUUGGUUCCUGAAGAAAAGGGAAAUAUAGGGGCAUCAGCCUGGAUUUGUGGUAUCAUUUCUAUUACUGUCAUCAGCCUGCUUUCUUUGCUUGGCGUGAUCUUGGUUCCCAUCAUUAACCAAGGAUGCUUCAAAUUCCUUCUCACAUUCCUUGUUGCACUGGCUGUUGGGACGAUGAGUGGAGAUGCCCUUCUUCAUCUACUGCCCCAUUCUCAGGGUGGACAUGAUCAUAGUCAUCAACAUGCACAUGGGCAUGGACAUUCUCAUGGACACGAAUCUAAGAAGUUUUUGGAAGAAUAUGAUGCUGUAUUGAAAGGACUUGUGGCUCUGGGAGGCAUUUACUUGUUAUUUAUCAUUGAACACUGUAUUCGGAUGUUUAAACACUACAAACAACAGAGAGGAAAACAGAAAUGGUUUAUGAAACAGAGCACAGAAGAUACAGCGAUUGGAAGAAAGCUAUCAGAUCAUAAGUUAAACAACACACCAGAUGCUGACUGGCUUCAGCUAAAGCCCCUUGCUGGAACUGAUGAUUUAGUUAUUUCUGAAGAUCGACUUAAUGAAACUGAGCUGACAGACUUAGAAGCCCAACACGAAUCCCCUCCUAAAAAUUACCUUUGUGUGGAAGAAGAGAAAAUUAUGGACCAUUCUCAUAGUGAUGGAUUACAUGCCAUUCCUGAGCAUGAUCUCCAUGCUGCCGCACAUAACCACCAUGAGGAGAGUAAGACUGCGAUGAGGAAACACAACCAUCAAUGGCACCACAAACAUUCGCAUCAUUCACAUGGUCCCUGCCAUUCAGGUUCAGACCUGAAGGAAACAGGAAUAGCCAACAUAGCGUGGAUGGUAAUCAUGGGAGAUGGCAUCCACAACUUCAGCGAUGGCCUUGCCAUUGGAGCAGCUUUCAGUGCUGGACUAACAGGUGGAAUCAGCACAUCCAUUGCUGUCUUCUGUCAUGAACUGCCUCACGAAUUAGGUGAUUUUGCAGUUCUCCUCAAAGCGGGCAUGACUGUGAAGCAGGCGAUUGUGUACAACCUGCUGUCGGCUAUGAUGGCCUAUGUGGGCAUGCUCAUCGGCACAGCAGUGGGCCAGUAUGCCAACAACAUCACCCUCUGGAUCUUUGCCAUCACUGCAGGCAUGUUCCUCUACGUCGCCUUGGUCGAUAUGCUCCCAGAAAUGCUCCACGGUGAUGGGGACAACGAAGAGCACGGCUUCUGCCCAGUGGGCCAGUUCAUUCUGCAGAAUCUGGGACUGCUCUUCGGAUUUGCCAUUAUGCUGGUGAUUGCCCUCUUUGAAGACAAAAUUGUAUUCGACCUUCAGUUUUAACCAUUCCCAGUAAUCACAGUUGAUUAUGAGGAUGUUGCCAUGCAGCUUUGCAGCUCUUCUUGCACAAUGCUCAAAAAAAGAGGAAAAGUCAGUGGCUUGCACUACUUACAAGUUCCAUAGAUUUAAAAAGCCUGACCACUACCAAUUGGUGCUCAGUACAGUAUGCCCUGUAUGAAGGGAGCCUUUACAAACAGAAAGCUUGUGCUAGAGGGAGGAGUUGGGACUUCAUGAACCAAUGGUGAUGUAGGAUUGAUUAAGACUUUGUAAAAAAAAAAAAUAAUCGUAUAAAACACUAAAGUAGUCUCUUUAUUAAUAGAAACUUCUGUGGCUAUGCAGAAAUAGAAUGAAACCAAAAAAUCACUUAAACGUUAAAAAAUAUCUUAAAUGGACUUUGGGCAGAGUUUUCUUGGUGCCAAGAAAUGGAUUAUAGUGUCCUUUAAUUCAGCUGUAUCCAUUCAAAUGAGAAUGGGGAUCAAUUGGACACUGCUUUGGAACUGCAUAAAGUAGAUGCUAGGAAUUAGGAGGAAAGCUCAGGCUGCGUUAGAGGAUGAAUUUAGCUUUGGGGAAAGCCCUUAUUCUUGAAUCUAGAGUUACUAUUUUUGUAUAUAUUUGCAUAGUGUUUAAAUUUGCAGCCUAAACUACUGAAAUUUGUGAUUGUAUGUUUGUGUGAGCUCCAAUUUAAUGAAAGAUUCACAAUGGUUCUUUGUAUUAAUAUACUUGGUGUUUGGGUUGUUGUUGUUUUUUUUAUUAGACUUUAAUUUUGUUUUUGUUUUGGGUGUUAUGGUGGGGUAGGGAGCUGAAGCAUGUGGUAAAAUAUAUAUAUAUAUAUUUUUUUUUGUUAAAAUUGUGACCCUCUAUAAAAGAUCAGCAAAAGGAAGAACCCAGACAUUGUCUAACAAGUUUUCCUACUCUAACAGUACUAACUAGUUACUUGGAAAAUUGUGGAAAACUGAAGUUCUAAAUGUCUGCAUCCUUUACCAGUGUAACAUAAGGACCACAACCACAUACUAUGGAUGGCAGUCAGGGUAGGUAACGUGGAAAUUCAAAUUUACCAGGUCCACAGUCUGCCCGCGAGUAUCGAUGCAGGCUACUACCGGGAUCAUCUCCAUUGGCAGUGGGGGUAGCUGCCGUAGUGCUGAGUCAAGCUCUAUGUACAGAACUCAGCUAACAUCGCUUGAUCGUUUUGUGCCAAGAUAGGCAGGUGGUGCCUGACAGGGAUUAGCCUCUUUUUAGAUGCCCUGUUCAUAAUACUGAAUGAUUUGUGAGAAGUGCAAACUAUGUUUCUCCUGAAUUCUGACCUAAUGAUUUGUAGUACCCAGUCAUUUGCAUGUAGCUUUCUGUUUACAUCUUGUGCCACACAGUUUUCCUUUAUGCCAGGCAAAUUGUGAUUUUUUUGAACUCUGCAGGCAAUGUUGUUUUUAUCUGCUUGGCAACCAGUGUAGCUGCUUGAAAAAUCUUACCCUUCAAAUAGUCAAGAGCCAAACUUCGUUUCAUUCCAUGUAGACUAUUCAUUGAAGCAUCUUCCUUUCCUAAUUUCUCUUGCUUUGACUUAAAACAAUAACCAAAAUGUUGAGAGAGCAGUGCAUCCAUUCAUGCCAAGAUGGUGUUUUUUUCCCUCAUUUAUUCCUGAACUCUGAAAUAGCAUUGUUUCUGGCUUUUGGACUCUCCAUGGUCUCAUUGUGACAAGAGUUUUAUACACGGAUUAUUUACGACAUUGGGCACUGAAUUAGGACGGCCCUCAUCAUCUCAUUGCUUGGCCCUUCAAGCAACCUAGCUACAAGGUGCUGUUGUUGGUUUUUGUUUUUUUUUUUUUUUAAGUACUGCCAAGUUCAAAUGAUUCAGAUAUUUUGCUUUCUGAACCAAGAUAUAUUUAUAGUUACAUUGUGGGGUUUUUAUACCCUAAGAGGAUUCUUCAUUCCAGCAUUAAAUCUGUUUAAUUUUUAAAUUUUUAUGGAAAGUAACAGCUGGAAUAUACUCCCAGUCUUAAAUUUCUGAUAGGUUAUGUUCAAAUAGCUAGCGUUUUAUAUUCUCUCAAACAUGGUCUUUAGUUCCUAAAUCCUUUCAACCUUUUGAGACUGUAACAGUUGCUGCUAGUAUUUUGUUAGGGUUCCACCAGUAUUUAGUUUUCACAUCAUUCGAACGUAUAGUUUUAAGUCUUAAUAGACAAUCUGAAUUCCACUACAUUUCUGUUUGGCUCCAACAUUCCAGUGAACUCGACCAUUCUAAUUUAACAUGUGUUUGUUGGAGGUCAUUAAUGUUACUUGUACAAUGCUGUCACUGUGUGACAUCCAUAUGAAUUUUGGUGUAUCCAUUGCAUUCAAUCAGCUAUGAUUAUGCUUAGAAAUACUAUAGUAACUAGCUAGAUGCAGUGUGAAUUUUUUCCAUUAACAGUAAGUCAGUGGCUUAAAUGUGAUUAUGGUCCUGCAAGGUGAUACUUGCUAAAAUAUCUUAAACUUUUUUGUUGUAACUGAAUCAUUUUUUAAAAAUUUAUAAGGCUGGAAAUGAUCAAAUGCUGUUUUAUUCAUUGUCAACAGUGGUGUGUCAUUUUAUGUAUGUUCCUAAUGCUUAUGGAACUCUCCCAAAAUAA